GAGACGAAAAGAUCUCUUGUCCCGAUCUACCCUUACAUUUCACUGUUGCCUAUGCAUAUCCUGCCACCUACGCCAAGCUCUGACUUUCUUUUUUUUUUUUCGUUCUCUUUUCCCACUCUAUGUUAUCCCGCCCGCCGCGGGCUCCAUUUUUAUCCCCGGGCAUCUUUGUGCGAUUGGAUUAGUACGUGGCAGUGAUCUCAGUUUAAGCGAGUUGCGUCUUUUCUCGAUUUGUUUACCCUUGCAUCAAAGAUACAUUCAGGCAGGACCCUACGCGUUCAUUUCUCACAUGCCUUUUGCACAUCUACCUAGGGGCUUUGCGUCAGUUUACGGUCUUGUCAUCCCCCGGCGUUGGAAAGAAGGGUCAACGUUUCUCCACGUCUGUUACUUCACUCUUCCCUGCCUUAAGCUACCAGAUGGACUACCCGUGCUUUCCUUCUCGCUGAUCUGCUGGUCUGAUCCAUCCAACGCGGUUUCAUCGAUGAACCACACCACUCGCUACAGGGAAGCAAUUCACUUGGGCUGCUCUACCUACGGGGUUGAGUUUUACCACAUUCGAGCUUUCUGGUUCCAUCCAGUGGACUCACCGCGUUCCACCGCCAUUCCUGUGGUUUAUUUCCUCUUUUUUUUUCUCGUUUCGUUUUUUUUACGGUUUCUCGUCCUUUUUUUAUUUCCCCUGGCGGGUUUCAAGCGCACUAGGAGGUCAAACAAUUUGCGGAAACUAUGGGUGUUGAUUGAAGCGGACGUUUCAUAGACCAACAAUAAGUUGAUAUCAUCUCAUGUCAUCUUUCUCUUCCGUAAGGCCGUACAUAUAGUUACCAAGUAGUUGGUUGGGCCUAUCCCCCUCAUGUGAGUGAGAAGAUAUACACUCUUCGAGUCGGAAUUGAGAAUACAACUCGUACUAGGCAACGGAAUACCCAAUUUUAGUC